AUGACUGCUAUUUUUUCGCAAUUAACAAGAGAGAAAGAGAUUGUGGGCACGUUGACGGGUUUCGAUGAUUAUGUGAACAUGGUUCUUGAGGAUGUUGUUGAGUACGAGAAUACGGUAGAUGGAAAACGGGUGACGAAGCUGGACACGAUACUGCUGAAUGGCAAUCAUAUCACAAUGCUCGUUCCUGGAGGCGAGGGCCCAGAUGUUUGA